AUGCAUAUUGGAAAAACAUUGCAAAGCAAAAUGUAUCUUGACACAUUGACACAACAUUGUAUAUCAAUUAUCAAAUUACAUGAAAAGGAUAACAAUAAGGAGAAAAACAAAAUAGAAGAGCAAGAGAAAGAAUUGUAUGGCAAAGUAUGUGUUGCUAAGAGUAUCAAUUUCACUGUCAAUAGAGCAAGUAAUGAAAUUAUUAAAAUGAAAAUAACAAUAAUACUUGCGAGAGAUAGAGAAGUAGCCCUAAAGAUGGUCAUCGGUCCUAGAAGACCGCGGUCCUACGGUCCUACACCAUAA